AUGGGUGGCGGCGAGAAGAGCCUUCCGCGGUUCCUCCGCCACCACCAUCACGGAAAGAGGCAGCAGCAAGUGAAAGAUGUGCCAAAAGGGUGUUUGGCUGUAAAAGUUGGGCAAGGAGAGAAUCAACAGAGACUUGUAAUCCCAGUUAUUUACUUCAACAAUCCACUGUUUAAUCCAUUGUUAAAAGAAGCUGAAGAAGAAUAUGGAUUUGAUCAAAAGGGCACAAUUACAAUUCCUUGCCAUGUCGAAGAAUUUCGGAAUAUUCAGGGCAUGAUUGAUAGAGAGAAGCACCAUAGCCACCACCAUCAUGUGAGCUGUUUUAGGAUUUGA